AUGAUACAACGACAUAAACGUACUCUCAUCGUCCUUUUCAUCGUCACCAUCCUCACCAUUCUUCUCUUCUUACUCUAUCUAGGACAAUGGACUCCAACAACAACGACUCAUUCUAGCACCACAACAACAUCCUCUCCUCCUUGUCCGUCCAUUUAUUCUCAAGUCGUAUCAUCCACACCACUCUCGAAAGAAGUAACAACAACAUCAACAACAACAACACGACAACCAUUAAAACCCAUCCCAAAACCACUUUUGAAAUUUCUACAAACACCAAAUACCAUUUCAACUCCAAUUUUGAAUGCCUUUGAAAAACGAUUCCCCAACAUCAAUGUUCGACAUGUCAAUUCUUUUCUGCAAAAGGGAUUUUUACAGAGAAAUCUCUCACUCAUCAAACAAGUGAAACAAUCUUUGACAAGAUCACCCUCGUUUAAAUUAGAAUCAUUUGCAUCGUGUAGUACAGAUAAUUACAAAUUGCCUCUUCACGGUGGUCUUUACAAAUCUUGUCAAUUUAAUAAUAUUUGUUUAACAUCGAGUGGAAAAUGGAAAUUAUUUAUGAACUCGAAUAAUGCCUUGAAAUUGGUUCAACAAUUAACAUUGGAGAAUGUGAAACGAAAAGAUAUAUUUGUAGAGACUGGUCAUCCAGAAAAGAGAAGGAUUUUAAAUCCACAACUCUUUGAUUCGACCAAACAACACCUCGUUUGUCACACAGCGUGGGAUUGGCUUUGUUUUACACCUCAAAUUGAACCCAUGAUUGAAUUUGUAGAAGAAGAGGAAAAAAAUUCAAAAGGAUCAAGUGCUGCUGCAACAACAAACUCUGCUGCAACAAAUACCAUUCAACAACAAGUAUAA